AGUUCACAACUAACCAUCGUCUCUCUCUUUUAUGCCAUCUCAUUCUCAUUCAACCAUAUAUAUCAUCAAGCCGUCACCGGAAGUGUAAACCACAAACAAAAUGGGCAAAACUAAAAGAUUCUUCAAAGCAUUCUUCAAAUCCCAAACUCACCACCAUCUCGCCCACCCGUUACUCAAUCGAUCACCUGACACGCCACCUCGUUCCUCCACCACCGCCGUCGCUCACUACGAUGUUUCCGGCCAACGGGCGGCGGUUAAAAUACAAUCUUUCUACCGAGGUUAUCUGGCGAGGAAAGCAUUACGGGUGAUAAGGUCACUGGUGAAGCUUCAGGCAAUGGUGAGGGGUCACAUUAUAAGGAAACAAGCUGCUGAUGAUUUGAGAAGGUUGCAGGCUUUGGCUCGUGUCCAGGCUCGAGCCCAUGCGCGAGUUCAGGUUACCGAGUCACGCCAAUUGUGCACCAAGUUGAAGAAAGCGGAAAACACUUCAAAGGCAAAUCAACUUAAAGGCUCAGUCUGCAUAUCAAAGCUUUUGGGGUUGCUAUAACUUGUAGACCAGCAUGUUAUCAUUUUGUGAAUGUAAAUGAUAAACAUGUAAUUUUUGGGUUCUUUGAAACCACAACUCUUUAUCUACAUUAGGAAGCCUUUAGCAUCCAAAUGCUUAUGCUAGAUGACAAAAAAACAAUCUACGUAUAUACUAGCAUCAUGGUACAUGUAACCAAUUUUUGUAAAUGCAAUAUC